UUCCUCGUGAUGACAGCAAAUGACAGUUAGCAGUGUUCGCCUGUGCAGGAGCCAGAGUGAGACGACCAUCCGCCAACAGACACCUCUCCUUCGACAAAUCUCAUGAUCAGCGACAUUUAGAGAAACUGUGAUCGCUCGGUUCACAUUAACCACACUCGUCCUUUGCCUCUCUGCCUGCCUGAGCUGGUGAAGAUGGUGAAGCCAGACAUCCAUACUCUGGCCCAUCACCUGAAGCAAGAGCGGCUUUAUGUGGCCUCAGAGAAGCAGCUGAUCCAGAGGCUCAAUGGUGACGUUCUGAAGACGGCUGAGAGGCUGUACCGGGCUGCCUGGAUUGCCAAGCAGCAGAGGAUCAACCUUGAUCGCCUCAUUCUCACCAGUGCGGAGGCCUCUCCAGCUGAAUGCUGCCAACAUGCCAAAGUGCUGGAGGACACGCAGUUUGUUGAUGGCUACAAGACUCUGGGCUUCCAGGAGAGCAUCUAUGGAGAGUUUCUGGCCAGGAUAAGAGAGAACCCCAGACUGGUGGCAUCCUGCCUGGUGGCCGGAGAGAGGCUGAAUCAGGAGCACACCCAGGGGGUCAUCCAUACUGUCUUCACUUCACUUUAUGGCAACUGCAUCAUGCAGGAGGAUGAGAGCUACCUGCUGCAGGUAUUGCGCUACUUGAUAGAGUUUGAGCUGAAGGAGAGUGACAACCCUCGGCGUCUGCUGCGACGAGGAACCUGCGCCUUCAGCAUCCUUUUCAAGCUCUUCUCUGAAGGCCUCUACUCUGCCAAGCUCUUCCUCACUGCCACCCUGCAUGAGCCCAUCAUGCAGCUCCUAGUGGAGGACGAAGACCACCUGGAGACGGACCCAGCCAAGGUGACGGAGCGCCUCACUCCAGCCCAGCAGGAACGCUUCGGGGAGAAGGGCUCUGAGGGCUACAGGCAGAGGGUGCAGGCGGUUGUGGAGGCCAAUGAGGCCAAGUUGGUAGCUCUGGUCAACAAGUUUAUCGGUUACUUGAAGCAAAACACCUACUGCUUUCCCCACAGCCUGCGCUGGAUUGUGUCCCAAAUGUACAAGACACUGUCGUGCGUGGAGCGUCUCGAGGUGGGUGAGGUGCGCACCAUGUGUACAGACCUGCUGUUGACAUGCUUCAUCUGCCCAGCUAUUGUCAACCCGGAGCAGUACGGUAUCAUCUCAGAUGCCCCCAUCAAUGAGGUGGCCCGCUUCAACUUAAUGCAGGUGGGGCAACUUCUGCAACAGCUGGCCAUGGCCGAUGAUGAUGGAGACCCCAGGCGAAAAAGCAGUUUGUCCAAAUUUGAUAAAAGUUGUGUAGCAGCAUUUCUGGAUGUGGUGAUUGGAGGAAGAGCAGUGGAGACUCCACCCAUGUCAUCAAUGAACCUUCUAGAAGGCCUCAGCAGGACUGUGGUCUAUAUGACACAUAAUCAACUAAUAGCGCUGGUGGACUUUGUGCGCAGUGUGAUGCCAGGGGACCACCUUCGGGAGGAGGAGCGCAUGGCUCUGGAGACACUGCUAGCCAACGUGCCUCAGUCCCGAACAGUGAAGAGCAACAGUCUGGAGCUCACCCCCUCCAACACACCCCAGCUCUCCCCAGCCACUACUCCUGCCAACAAGAAGAACAGACUCCCCAUAGGACAACACUUAGCAGCUAUAACAUCCUGGGACCCCACAGCCACCACUCUGUCUGCUCACAUUCCAUUAGUAACCCCUUUUGCAGCCGCUCGUAGUCGCAGCCGUACCAACAUAGCCCAGGAGGGGGAGACAGAGGCCAGCUCCCAAGAGUCCAUACAAGAGGUGAUGCCAGAGGAAGUGCUGGUGAUUUCACUGGGAACCGGCCCUCAGACUGUCCCUGGGAUGAUGUCAGAGAAUGAGGUUUUGAACCUGCAGAUGGCUGAUGGGGCCCAGGGGGAUGCCCCUGCUGAUGACACUAAGCUGCACGGGAAACCAGACAAAACCCUGCGUUUCUCCCUCUGCAGUGACAACCUGGAGGGCAUCUCAGAGGGUCCAUCCAACCGUUCUAAUUCGGUGUCAUCUUUGGACCUGGAAGGAGAGUCAGUCUCUGAGCUGGGAGCUGGACCAUCCGGGAGCAAUGGCGUGGAGGCUUUGCAGCUUUUGGAGCAUGAGCAAGCCACCACCCAGGACAACUUGGAUGAUAAACUGCGCAAGUUUGAGAUCAGAGACAUGAUGGGCCUUACAGAUGACAGAGACAUCUCUGAGACCGUUAGUGAAACCUGGAGCACUGAUGUACUCGGCAGUGACUUUGACCCCAACAUGGAUGAAGAUCGGUUGCAGGAAAUAGCAGGGGCAGCUGUGGAGAACAUGCUAGGCAGCCUGCUGUGUCUUCCUGGCUCGGGUUCAGUACUGUUGGAUCCCUAUGGAUCCACUAUCUCAGAGACCACCAGCGAGGCCUGGAGUGUGGAGGUCCUGCCUAGUGACUCAGAGGCCCCAGACCUGAAGCAGGAGGAGCGCCUGCAGGAGUUGGAGAGCUGCUCGGGGGUUGGUAGCACCUCAGAUGACACAGAAGUCAGAGAGGUCAGCUCCAGACCCAGCACACCAGGCCUCAGCGUUGUCUCAGGUAUCAGCGCAACCUCAGAAGACAUUCCCAACAAGAUCGAAGACCUGCGGUCAGAGUGCAGCUCAGACUUUGGAGGGAAGGACUCUGUGACCAGUCCAGAUGGGGAGGAGGCAGGCCACGGAGCGCACCAUCUGACAUCUCCGCCCUCGCAGGCCGACUCCUUACUGGCCAUGUUCGAUCCCCUCUCCUCUGGCGAAGGCUCCUCCACUGGAACCAUAGUGAGGCCUAAAGUGCACUAUGCCAGACCCCCUCACCCUCCCCCCGACCCUCCCAUCCCCGAAGCCUGUGCCCUGGGGCAGGAGCCCCGCCACUCUCUCUUCACUCCCCACUGCUUGGCACAGGCUGAGCUGGAGCACACCAAGCAGCGCCACUCCUUCCCUGACAGGCUGGUCCGUAGCCGUAGCUCUGACAUCGUGUGCCCCGGCCGCAGGCCCACAAGCGACCCUGGCCUUAACCGGCGGGCAGCGGUUGAAGAGCGUGACCCUGCUGGAGCCUUCGCCUUAGGGCCAUCCUCAUCUCCCAGCAAGGACUCCCUGAAAGGAGAGGUUGAGGACAGGAAAGACAGUGAUGAUGAGAAGUCUGAUCGCAACAGACCAUGGUGGAAGAAACGUUUUGUGUCAGCCAUUCCUAAAGUGCUUUAUUGGACGGCUGAGAGUGAAGUCCCAGCUCCAAUAGCAGCCUUUCGGAAAAGGGACAAGCAGGAGAAAGAUGAUCUGGCCCAUGAGCGUGUCCCACAAGGUUUGUCAGAUGACCCGCUGCCCAGGCAGAACUGUCAAGCCCAGGCAGCUGAAGAUAUCCUGGAUAAGUACAGGAAUAUCAAGAGGACGAGCCCCAGUGAUGGAGCCACAGCUGGAGCUGCCUAUGAUGCUGCAGGAGAUCUGUGUGUUGAGGAGAGUGUGCAUGACUCUCCCAGAGAUGAUGCCUUGCAGAACAUUUCUGCGGACGACCUGCCAGACUCGGCCAGCCAAACAGCACAGCAGCAUGACUCCAAGUUCUCUUUCAGUGAUGCCAAGAAGAAGUUGAGAUUGGCCUUAUGUUCUGCGGACUCAGUGGCAUUGCCCAUCAUGACUCCUGCCACCACAAGAAAUGGGCUUCCUGACCACACAGACCCUGAAGACAAUGAGAUCGUCUGCUUCCUGAAGGUCCAGCUAGCAGAGGCCAUCAACCUCCAGGAUAAGAACCAGAUGGCCCAGAUCCAGGAGACCACACGCUGUGUUAGCCGCUUCGACGCACGCACCUGCAGGAAGCUGCUGGCUGCCAUAGCAGAGGAUUACAGGAAGCGGGCGCCGUACAUAGCCUAUCUGACCAGGUGUCGUCAAGGCCUGCAGACGUCCCAGGCUCAUCUGGAGAGGCUCCUCCAGAGAGUGCUGAGGGACAAGGAGGUGGCCAACCGCUACUUCACCACUGUUUGUGUUCGGCUGCUUCUUGAACACAUGGAGGCCAAGAUGCUGGAAUUCAUUAAGGCGUUCCAGGGGUGCACAGCAGCCGAUGACAAGACGGCCGCAGUGGAGGAUUUUCUGCGCUACUUGUACGGUGCCAUGGCCCGUGAUGCCAUCUGGCAGUAUGCUAGCGAAGACCAGCUGCAGGACGCCCAGAUGGCUAUUGAGCGCAGUGUUAUGAACCGCAUCUUCAAACUGGCCUUCUACCCCAACCAGGACGGGGAUAUUCUCAGAGACCAACUUUUCCAUGAACAUAUCCAGCGGCUCUCAAAAGUUGUAACGGCCAAUCAUAAAGCUCUUCAAAUCCCAGAGGUUUACCUGAAGGAGGCUCCCUGGCCCUCUGCACAGUCUGAGAUCAGGACCAUCAACGCCUACAAGACACCUCGAGACAAAGUUCAGUGCAUACUGCGCAUGUGUUCCACCAUCAUGAACCUCCUGAGUCUGGCCAAUGAAGACUCUGUGCCUGGAGCAGAUGACUUUGUCCCUGUGCUAGUCUUUGUGCUCAUAAGGGCAAACCCGCCCUGCCUGCUGUCCACCGUUCAGUACAUCAAUAAUUUCUACGCCAGCCGGCUGAGUGGGGAGGAGUGCUAUUGGUGGAUGCAGUUCACCGCGGCGGUGGAAUUCAUUAAGACCAUCGACGAUCGCAAGUGAAGCAGAACAGCCACCUGUAUGGGCAGACUGCGGGGGAAGGAGCCGGGAGACUGGGAGACGUCCCAACCAACUGCUCCCUCUGCACAGCUCAGAAAACCUGGCCCUCAGCCUGCUCUCUAUUUGUAUAGCUUGUACAUAGCCAGAGACGUUGAAAGAUUACAAAGUAUAUAUGAUUACUGUAUGUAUGUGGACAAAUCCAGGUUUUGGCCAUGGCGGAAAAAGGCCUUGGGAAUUAAUGGCAAGAUGUUAAGUUCAGCUGAUUUGGAUUUUUUCCUUUUAUCUCUUUGUCUUUUCAUUCAUGGUGACGUUUUGGCAUCUGUAUUAGGAAUUUUAUAUCCAAGGUUAUCGUAAUAACAUUAAAUCAACACAAAAGAUAAUCUGAUGAAAAGGGACCACGCUUCCUUGAUGUGAUCACUGAUUUUCUUUUCUCCUGGAAUCGGUUUUCCAAUUGAGAGGGAAGGGCUUCCAAGUUAAAUUACGCGAUCUAAUGUUCAUUAAAUGCAUUGUAACCUGGGGAUUUACAGUGAUGCUUACUGAGUUGGUGACUCGUGUAUGUUGAGAUCAAUUCAUAAAAAAGCAUCCCACUCAUGUUAGUACAUCAAACAGUAGGGCAGCUUAUUUUCAUGAAAUGUUGGUCAUUCACUCUAUCCUACUUCCAAAUACGUCUGUCAGUGACAAUUCGAACAUGAGGGCCCACAUAUUUAAACAAAAUAAAAUGUAUUUAUUUCUGUAAUUCUAUUUAAUGCUUUGUUUAUCUUGCUUUUAAGAAUGAAAGUGCAUAUCACGCCCAUUUAAGAUGUCUGAAGCAAGUAUUGAAAUUGGAAUACACUUGCUAGAAAGGCUUCAACAUGGAAGGCACCUUAGCAAGGAGUAGCCCACAGGUGGCGAAGCUGGGCGAUUGCCGCAGUUAAGAUACAGGGUCAUAACUGAGUAGCUCAUGCACAGUUGGAGUAGCGAUGGUGUUUUGGGAAAUAAUUGAAAAUAGUGCCUUUGAGGUGGGGCGCUCUGUACAGGUAGUUAUUUUUGUUUUUGUUUUUUUUUUUCCAAGUUUCCCUCUUGAGUUUUCCAUUUGUGUUUUUAACCCAGCAUAGAUGGGACAUUAUCCACCCACGCCGCCCCCCUAAUCUCUAAUGGGCCAACGACGUCUCACUGAGAAACCUUUGUCUAACCCUUGCUGCAGGAAGAUGAGCAUCACCAUAUUAGAUUGUGAUGGCUCGGUCCCUUUAAUGCACUUGUGUACUGGGUUCGAACAAUAUCCCCUUUGAUACUCUAGAUCCUACCUCAGAGUUGAAACCAAUGAGCCUGAUAUCUCGGUCUGCACAUAGUAACUGUCUUACAUUGGUUGACAACGGAGUACUGGAUCAUAUUUUGCACUGGUCAAAGGUUUGCUGUAGAUUGAACACCUUUUCAUAGUAAUACAACGGGGCAUGUUAAGAAAGAAGGCUAGAUAUUGACCUGCUGUGAUGCUUGUUAUGGUCGAGUCAUUCUUAAAUAACACAAGCCUUUGUUAGUGAACAAAGACAUUUUAGGGUUAGUUUUCUGAUCGUAUUACUGAGAUACUACAUGUGUCAGUAUGGGCAGACUAGUGAACUAUUGGAUUAGCUCUCUACCUCCUCAUAAGUUCAAGAAAGGGACUCAUGUUUAUGUGCACUUAUUUUUCGUUACUUUGUUUUUCAAAUUUGGCGUGCUGUGAUAUCCCAGUGUCAUAGUAUCCUUCCAAAUAUUAAACAAGCAUGUCUGUAUUUAUCCAGAAUUACUAAAACUCUUUUCUCUUGAAAUCCUCUGCUUCUUUUUUGUGUGCACAUGUGCCACAUGUAUCAUAGUUUAAAUAAUCUUACUUUUCACAGUAAAUGACCUGACAGCACAAUACACAGUAGGAUAGUAGGAUAAAAGAGAAAUAAUCAACACUAUUGACCCGUUACUGACUUGCAGUGUAUGAUAAGUGGUCAGUGUAGUCCAUGAGCAAGGUUUGUCUAGUGAGUGUGUGAGAAGAUGGUAUAGUGAGUGCGAUUGGAUGACCCUCUGCCUCCUCUUGCAUGAUGUCAUUGGUCUGUACAUUCUCAAUCAUGAUAAACAGUACAAUAGGAUUAGUAUCUGCCUCAGGCCAGUAAUUGAAACUGCAAGAGGAUGCCAAGCUUUCUUUCUUGUGUCCAUGAUACUUGCAUAUCAAAGCUCAACGAUUUAUUUUGCACAAAACAAAAUGUCUUCUGAAGAUUUGACAUGCAGCAGUACGUCUCAAAAUGUCACGACCUCUGGCUUUGACAAAUAGAGUCAUAAACAUAUUGUAAUUGAGAUAUUGUAAUUAUUUGGGUAGUGAAGCUAAGGACCUGACUGUUAACUCUUUGUCUAUUCAAGGUGAUAAACACUGACAUUUACAGACAUUGUUACAUCUGCAAAAUGUUUUUGUUGUAUCACUCUACGAUUAUAUAUAUAUACAUAUAUAUGCACCUGGUUUGUUGAGGUACCUUAUGUAUGUGCAGUAUACAGUAUACUUCCCUACGGAUUCUGUGUAAUCAAUUUGAAGAGAAAACCAUGCACUGGAAAAUCAAGUUGCAGGUUGCAUCUAUACUAAUUAUGUUUAUGUGAUGUCACUUUAAUUAGAAAUACAUACAGACCAAAUCUGAUGAAAUUAUUUGGACCUGGCUUGUUUCAAUGUUUCCUCAUGAUAGCUGGCCACAGCUAUUAAUGACCCGAGUGAAGUACUGUUCAUAACAGCGAGUUAUCCGUACACAGGAGAGCACUUUGAGGUGAAGGUCAACUACAUGGCAGUGAUAGCAGCUGUAACUUGGCAUUGAUUGUAUGCAAACCACUGGGCAGAUGUUAUUACAGCGGCGAAUAAGAGCAGACGGAGUAAAGACAUCUGUCCUUUUAAAGCUUUACAAUCCUGCUCUGCAUCCCUGUACAACAGACUCGAGAGGCUGAGCAGACAAGAAUGAGUUUUCCAUCUAUCUCAUGUCUGAUUUUACAUUGACUUGUAAGCUUGCACAAUUAUGACAUGCGGGGAAAGCCGAUUUGUCUUUACUGUGAUUAAUGCAUUAUGUAAUUCUUAAUUCUAAAAACAAUAAAAGAAGCAGAAGUUUU